AUGAAUAGGGCUCAAGAUGUUGUAGAACGCCAUCUGCACUUGUACAAUGGCAUCCUGGAGUUUGUUCCAAGUCUUCAUAACGAGCUUGACACAAUUUCUACUGACAAAUUGUCGAAGAUCAUCUCCACGAUAACGAAGGGGAUGAGCGACGCACGCUCAACGGCAUUUAGUUCUGUCAAACACAAAGGACUCAAGUAUGUACCGUCUAACAUGCACAGCAAGAACGACGCACUCGAUCCACCAAUUCCAGAACUUGAAGAUAAAUCUAUGCGAGGCAUUGCACAUCCACAGCUCGCCCGCUGGCUCUGCCCACGCAACAAACUUCAUAUAUUUGAUAGCAACCCAGAGGAAGGGAUGGAGAAACUUCAGUCAGGCAAAAUCAAGAUGGCCGCCACAAGUUGGCCUACUGGCUUCUACGAAGACGGUGUUUACGACCCACAAGAUAAGACCAAGGGCCUUUUCAGAAAUCAUGUUGUCGCCCGGUUUUACUCUCACUUGUAUAUUGGUCCCUCAGCUGCGAUGUCAGAGUCUACAUCAAGCAAAGCCUCAAAACAAGCAAGGAACCGCGCAUUUGGCUUAUCAUCAGUGACGAAACACAUUGUUGCAAUAGUUCACAUUAUUACGUACUUUACACUUAGUAACGCACAGCAUUGGACGAAUGAAAUCGGAACAAUGAAUCUCGAGGAGCUGUUUUGGGCUAUCAUCGACAUGCUCGAUGAUGACGAGGACCCGUGGGUUAAGGACACCAUGUCGUGGUGGAACAUGUACGUUCAAAUUCAUCAGAAUCAUCACUACUAA